ACGCCAGCUGGGGAGCGGGCAGGCAGGUCCAGCCCUAGAGCUGUCUGGCCCUUGCACCUGUCUGCGCACACCGGCUGCAGGGGGGGAAGCGCUGGACGCCUUUGGGAGAGGCUCGCACCCCGCACCGCUGGUUGCCCGGGGCAUCGUCCUGCAGACGGGUCCGACGAGGGACAGGAUGCGCUAGGACCAGCCCUGCCCAGCCGGAGGCCCGAUGCUGGCCUGUGCCCAGCCGUGCAGCUGCAGCCGGGGCCCCAGCGUGGAGCGCGGUAAGUGGUACGGCGUCCGCUCCUACCUGCACCUCUUCUACGAGGACUGCACCGGUGCCAGCCCUGACAACGAUGCGGACGUGCUGCUGGCCUCCCGCGCCCGCCCUGCUUGGCCCUCCAUCGUCUGGAAGGUGAGUCUCUCUGCGGGGGCCCUGCUCUUGCUGCUGGGGGCUGCGGCGCUGGCCACCGGCUACCUCGUGCCCCCGAAGCUGGAGGGCAUCGGGGAGGAGGAGUUCCUGGUGCUGGACCUGCAGGCGAUGGAGUACAACCGGGCCCUGGGCACCUGCAGGCUGGCCGGCAUCAUGCUCUGCACCACGGCCGGGGUCCUCGCAGCCGCGGGCCUCCUGGCAUGCACGCUGGGCCGGGUGCUGCAAGGCGGCUGGCGCCGGGAGGAGGAGGAGGAGGAGCAGCAGCUGUCGCCCAUCCUGCGGGACAGCCCCCCGAAGCAGCCCGUCGCUCUCCUGGCCUCCCCGGCCUCACCCUUUGGAGCCUCCUGGGUGCACGGCAUCCAGCCCAGGCGGGAGACAUGACCCCAAGAGCUCGGCAUCCCACGGGCCACCAGACUGGAGCAACCUGUGCCCGGGGGCUGCAAGGGCAGGGGGGCCGGGAGGGGAGGUGGCCUCGACCCCCUGAUGCGGAGAGGCGUGAGAGCUCCUGCAGGCGCGGUCCAGCCAGGAGAGAGGUGGAUCCGAAUCAGAGGGUCCCAGUGCCCUGCCCCAGGUGCUCAGCCGGCCGUGCCCGCCUUCCCUGCUCCCCCCACAUGGACCAGCAGCCUCCUGCCUCAAUAAAGUUCCUGAGAAACUGCUGGCUCUGCUGCUCCUCCUGGGUCCUGCUCCCCACCCCUGCGCCCUGCUGCUUGGCCCUGAUCCCAGCAUAUGCCCACCGGUGGGGAAGGGGCCGAGCAGGGCCAGGCUUGCUCGUCUGGGGCCCCACAUCCCUGCCGGGGGGCAGCAGCAUCUCCCUGCUCCCGUGGAGCUUCCCUGGGUGGAGGGAGCUGUGCAGCUGCCUGCGGGAGCCCGGGGCUGGCAUUGCCCGAUGCAUCGAGGCCCAGCAGGGAGUGCGUCUCUCCCCUUCUGCCCCUGCCCCAGGCCCGCAGGGGGGUAGCCCCCUUGCAAGGAACCCCUGCCUCUGCCUGCACAGAGCAGGGCGGCAGAGCAGCUGCUUCCGGCCGG